CUGUCAGUCCAGAGACUCAGAGAGGCUCUGAGUUUGACGGCGGUUAGCGAAUUUUUGGAUGCAUGUCGCGUUAUUGUGUGGUGGCUUUGAGAAUUAUUUAGAAUAUUCGUUUAACACGCGAUUAAAGGAUUCUGGUUUAGUAGUGAUUCCUAUAAUUUAUACAUUUAUAAUACCGUUACAAUGGAAGAUGGUGACUACGAUAAUGACGACGUCGGUGGAGAUGAAUUUGACGAUGUAGAGGAAGAUGAUAACAUCGAUGAACUGAACCAGGAGGAGGACGGUGAUAACAUUGAGUUAAUCACGCCCGGGCAAGCUGGAGGCGGGGUCCCAAAAUCUAAGCGAAUUACUACUAAAUACAUGACCAAGUACGAAAGGGCACGAGUACUGGGAACGAGAGCGUUGCAGAUUGCUAUGUGCGCCCCUAUCAUGGUUGAGCUGGAGGGUGAGACGGAUCCAUUGCAGAUUGCAAUGAAGGAAUUAAAACAGCGGAAGAUUCCAAUUAUUAUUCGUCGGUAUCUACCUGAUGCUUCCUACGAGGAUUGGAGUAUUGACGAGCUGAUCAUUAUAGACCAUUAAGAGUUUACAAUACUGUAUUUAUAUUUAGGAUUAUUAUAUAAAAUAAAAAUAGGUAUGUAUCAUUAAUCUAAGAAUAAUUUUUCGAAAUGACUAUUUUCUCGUUCUCAAUGGUUUAAUUGGGUUUCUGAAUUGAUUGAAGCAACAGUCCAUCAAAAAACUAAAACAAGAAUGUGCGUAAAUACGACAUGGAUGGUAUAGUUAUUGAUUAAUAAAUAAUCGGUGAAUUGA